AUGGCUCUGGUUAUUGCUUCCUCCAUCCCCGUGGGGCUUUCUUCAGGUGCCCUUUUUGUAUAUUCUGUUUAUGGGCCUCAGCUCGCAGCACAAUGUCACCUUGACUCGUCGCUGGCGGCAAACCUAAGUAUUUCCGCUACUGUGGGUUCCGCUUUGGGUGGAUUGAUAGGAGGUUAUGUCACCGACACUUUUGGUUCUCAGUACCCUGUGGCCAGCGGAUGGUUGUUAGUUUCGUCUGGUUACUACUGGCUCCGUUCGCUUUAUCUUCUGGGCGAGGAUGCUGCUCAUUGGAUGCUUAUUCUGGCGAUGUUCCUUGUUGGAGCUGGUUCUACCGCUAGCUACUUUGCAGCGAUAAAAGCGGUCACGGUGAAUUCUCCAAAAUGGAAAGGACUGGCGCAGAGCGUGCCUAUUGCGCUGUUUGCCAUCGCAAGUUUGUUGUACUCGUUCGUUUGUUCUCACAUCCUCCAUGGCGAUGUGGGAGCGUUUCUCCUUGUUUUGGCCGUUUCGUCUUUUGUGAUGCAGUUUGUGGGAGUCAUUUUUAUCCGAAUUCCUGGCCACGAGGCCCAGAAGGUUGGAGAAGAAUUCUCUCAGCUUUUAGAUGAAGCAGAGGGACCUGUGGGUGAACCAGCUUCAAUGGCUCCAGAAGCCACCCCUGUUGGCCCAUACCACCACCUCGAACUUAAGGAAAUUUUGACUCACAGUGUAUUUUGGUCCCACUUUGCGCUUAUUGCCGUGUUCCAGGGCCUUGGCCAGAUGUACAUCUACUCGGUGGGCUACAUUCUCAAAGCUAUCCACUACUACUUCACACACGCACAAAUCAAGGCGGAAAACGUCGCAGACAUUCCUUCCUUCAGCUCUCUCCAGGCUCUCCAUGUAUCUGUCAUUGCUAUCGGCUCUUUUACUGGACGCCUUACCUCAGGUCCUUUUGCCGACUACCUUGUUAACCGCCAUGGCUGGAAACGUCAUUCUGUGCUCGUCCUUGCUCUUGUGCUUAUGGGUGCUGGUCACUCUGCACUUAUCUUCCCUAUUGAGCGGUACUCGCUGCUGAUUUGGCUGUGCAACAUCCGAUUGGCUUUUAUAUCGUCGCUUAUCGGUUACGCCUACGGGUUUGGCUUCACAUCGUUGCCGGCCAUUAUUGCGGACCUCUUCUCCAUGAAGAAUUACUCCCUUCUUUGGGGAAUCAUGUACUCCUCGACGGUGCCUGGCCUCACGAUGUUCACAAAGUUCUUUGGAUACAACUACGAUAAACACUCCGAGGUGGAGAACGGUGAACUUGUGUGCAACCAAGGGUACAAGUGUUACGACCACACGUUUGGUGUGACCGGGCCGCUUGCGUUGUUUCUUGUGGUGGUGAUAAUUGCUGUCGCUGCCUUUUACAGAAAGCGCCGGACCUAG